AUGGACCCCAUUGACAGGCAGAUUGAUUUCAUACCAUCCAAAGCUCCAUAUGACCCCCGCUGGAUGCUGGCUGGAAGACCACACCCUUGUAAGUCGUGUGAUGGUGCCAUGUCUGUUGCUGGCCAUGUUAUACAUAAUUGAUGAUGCCACUUACAAACCCCUCUCACUCUGUGUCUCUGCAGCUGUGAAGGGGACAUGGCAGAGAGGGUUCUUUGACCAUGGAAGCUUCAUGGAGAUCAUGCAGCGUUGGGCACAGACUGUUGUGGCAGGAAGGGCACGGUAA